AGGGGAGUAUACUGACGCAGUCACUGAUCAAGUGUUGAGAAGAUCACUGCCACGAUGGAUUUCGCGGGUGUUUCAUUGUUUCUUAGUUUAUAUUUCUACCACGUGGUAAGAAUAGGCGGUGAAAAUACUACCGCGAACACUUUGGAGGCAACCUGCUCAGGUACACCGGCACCAGAUGCUUAUCUGUUACGGUCAUGGAACUUCAAGAAAAUAUUUAAUGGCAAAGGACAGUGUAUGCCAAUUCAGCUUUCCCUCGAAUAUGGUUUCAGCCCUGGUUCAAAAUUACUGAUAGAAGGAGCUACACUCGAGGGCAACUGGUUUUCCAUAGAAUUGAAAUCCGUCUUAUUAGGAGAUAUACCUCUGCAUUUAUCCGGACGACCGUAUGAGGAGAAAUUUAUAAAAAAUAGCAAGACAAAUUCGAGUUCGUGGGGGGUGGAAGAAUUUGAAGAGAACUGGCCAUUUUAUUGCGGAAAGAAAUUCACUUUAUCCAUUGAAUGCCUAAAAGAAUCAUAUAAGAUGAAUGUGAACGGGAUCCAGAUGCGAGAGUUUGCUCAUCGCCUGCCGCACUCUAUCAUCGACGCGUUGCGCAUGAAUGGAGCUCUUGUGAUUAGUCAUGUUCAGUACGCAGUAUCAAGCAUACACCCUGAUAUUUUUUGGCCAAACUCUGACAACUCUAAUGCAACAACGACGCAAAUUACGCAGAAUCAAACCAAUGGGCAUGAUUCAACGGCAUCUCCGACCGAUCUUAAGGGUCCUAUCUUCAAUGCCUUCGACAGAGACAAGAAUUUAGGUGCCUCUAAGUCAAGAAAUGACAUAGUGCUCACAUCAAGCGAUUUUCUCGACAUUCAGCGAUCAUCAGCAUUUAUCGACAAAACCAUGGCGAUCGUAGACUUCCUCACAAAGUGGCCCAAAUUUCUCGUUCUCACAGCACCAAAGCGAUUCGGGAAGACAUCUCUGCUUAGUAUGUUUCGUUAUUUUUUCGGUAUCCCCAUACAUACUGCCACGGGUGGCGAAAACAAGAUACUUAAGGCGCAAACUUUAGAAAUAUUUCAAUCUCCGAAGUUAAAAAUCUGGCAGAACUUCACGGAGCUCGAACCAUUUCUGAUGUCGCACGCUGUAGUUACGUUCAAUUUCGGCACCAUAAUGACCAACUCUUAUGAGGACUUUUUGUCUUCUAUGAAAAUGUGCAUUUUCAGUGCAUAUACUGAGCACUCAUACCUAACGACGGGUAGCGAAUUGUCCAAAUUCGAAAAAGAAGAAAACCUUGCAGUUCUUAAUAAUUUCGGCAUAAUUGGGAGUCGGGACAUUAAAGAACAGAGUGGUCAAGUGUUGGUCAAACUAGUGCGUAGACACUUACGAAAAAACUCAAUGGUCUUUAUUGAUGACUAUGACAAACCUUUUAUCGACCUUCUAUUUGAUAAUCAUCGGCAUAUGGAAGAAACGUUUGAUCCUAUUGUAGUGUUCCUUGAGAAAUUCAUAGCAGCAAUCGCGAAGAAUGGCGACAACGCAAGAGUCCUCCUUACAGGCACCACCAAAUUUGGGGGAACCCUGUCGUCUGCAGAUAAUCUAAAAUUUGACAGUAUCUUUGAGCGACCAUAUUAUGCCAAUCACUUUGGUUUCACAUAUUCAGAGGUCGAAUAUUUAGCGAAAAAAUUUCAAAAAGGAGAAGAGCACCUUGAUGACAUCGAAAGAUGGUAUGGUGGCUAUAGCUGUAGCGAUGGCACAAAAAUAUUUCGGCCGAAUUCAGUCGUAAAUUAUUUUCACGACGGAGCGAUCGGUCAUUACUGGAAACUGAACAGCUCACCUUUUUCCCUGAGGAAACUUUCAAACCAUCCUACAACACAAGUGGGAUUUAAGAGUUUACUCAAAACCGGACGUGCCUUUGCAAUGGCGGAAAACGACCUAGGUUUGAGCCACAUCGUAGAACUCUUCUCAAACUGUUCCUCGAGCGAUGAUAUUUGUGACGAAUGGGUUUUCAAAUAUUUACUCGAUUCCGGUGUUUUUUCCAGAAAAGUCCCAUGGUUUCCGUCAGAGUGGCGGCCUGAAAUAGAGAUUCCAAACUGGGAAGUGGAAUAUCAGUUAAAGCGAGAAAUCCUGAACCCUUGUUUCUUGCAAGAUGUGUAUCAUAUUAACGAAGUAUCAUUGAGAAUUUUCGUAGAAGCUGCAGCCGAACUACAACCGGACGAUAAAGAAACAUUUCAAAAAUUUGUGAAUACAUUGCACUUAGUACUGAGUGUACCCGAACUUUCAAAUCAGGAAGCCAUGAGAAAUGUUGUAGUCUUCUCUAUUUUGAACAGCGAUUCCCAAAGCUUUGUGUAUAGAAAUGUCGAGCGGAUUGAAAAUGAUGAUGUUACUGUGGCCGAGGAGGAGCAAAAUAGGGACUUAAUCGCGCUCUUCAUGACCAAAAAUGAUGUUGCGGUGGUUUUAGCAUUAAAUUACCAAGACUCUUCGUCACUUGCCGUUCUGCACGAAAUCGUGGAACGACGAUACUUUGAAAAGUUUUACGAUAAACGCGUUAAAAGGCCAAAAGACUUACGUGAAGUACACAUCGGAAUCCAUUUUAGUGAAGACAGAAAGACAUCAAUUAACUACAUUACUGAUCCUAGGGACCCAAACAAUCUUCGCAAACGUAGUAUAAAGCUUGAGUCGGAAUAACUAACUAACAAGUCGUUCUUAUAGCGCUUCUGUGCGCUCUGCGACACUCAACCGCCACUGAUAGCGAUCCUGCCAGAGCUCUCCGGCAGAUCGCAUCUCCUCAUUUCCUGCCUUAUUCCCUCAAUCCACGAUUUGGCAGUGCAACCUCUACGCUUUCUGCCAGUGGGGACCAAAUCCAGAAUCUUCUGAGGCAACCUAUCAUCUGGCAUUCGUUGCACAUAACCGUACCAGACAAGCUGUUUUGUGAAAAUGCCAUGCACUAUGUUGUUUUCGACGUCUAUAAUUUCACGUAUCCUCUCAUUCCGAACGUGAUCCUCUCUCGACACUCCGGCCGAUCUACGCCAGUAGUCCAUUUCGGUUGCCUUAAGAAUGUCCUGGGACCGUUUCAUCAACUGCCACACCUCGCUGCCAUAGGUUAAUAUGCUUGUGUCGAAAUAAAAAUCUAAAACAAGCUCCAGUGGCGUGGCGUGCUCUGCGAUGUAUCGAUUGAUCUGCCAUUUAAACCUAUGGGAAAGGAUCGAUAAACAGGCUGUUUGCAACGAACGCCUUAAUAAUCGAUUCUUUACUAUAGCUUCAAAUGGAAAAUAUCGAUAAUAAUCGAUCGUUCACGCAUUACUCAUCAGCAAGCACAUGAUGCGGCAAGACAGGAGAGAGGGCGGGUAACAAAGGGCUCUUGAAGCCGAAAUUGUGGCCGAAAUGAAGAGUGAAGCCUUAAGUAUUGGGUUCCGGAGUCCGGGUGUAUAUAUAACUGGACUGGAGGAACGGCAUUGUAAAGCGUGGAGUAUCCUACGAAUUAGAAGGAGCCCCAGGGGAGAUCCUUGCGAAACGAAAUGAAACUUUCAUUUCGAUAAUCCUACUUGGAGUCUCGUGAGACUAUCAUUCAAAGUUCUGCAGGAAUUUUCCCUGUGAUUCUUCAAAAUGUGAGUUAUUAUCAUGUAUAAAUUUAUGUGUUUAUGUUUGUGUGUUUUCCUGUGAUAGUUUCCUAUGGGAAGUAGCCAGAAAUUCCCAAGGGUGGGAAAUUUUGGGAUCUCUGCUUGUAUCGGCUAGACAUCAAAACUAAAUGUGUGGCAACCUUUGAAAAUCUCGGGAGUCUGAUGGGGCUUAAAAUAUAAAUCGGACUAUUCCCCCAUUAUCUGAACGAUGGAGGAAUUAAAAAGUUUAAUUUCGACUUGUCAAACUUUUUUGAGUAUCUAGAAAGUUCGAAGGCGCUUAAAGUUGAUAUAGAAAUUUUUUAUUAAUCCCCACUAUCCAAACAGUUAAGAAAUUAAGAAGCACAAUUUUGACUUAGUAACGUUUAAAGAAGCAAUUAAAGUAAUAAUUUGCACACAUCAGUGCUCAGCCUUCAAACGUUGCCACAUUUUCUUUGAUGAAAAAGGAAUUUUCGGGGAAAUCAUGUUUCCUCUAAUUCUUCAGAGACUUUUAUUCGCACUUGAGUCUAAAUUAGCUGGAAAUUCCCAGAUAUAGUAUUCAUAAUUCUCGUAAAAAUAAACAUUUUUAGGAGGGAAUUUGGCAACUCUCGAAUGUUCAUACGGCGUUAUUCCUCAGUACGGCAGUAUUGUAGUAUGGGCACAUGCGAAGAAUGUUGGAAGAGAGAUUGCCCAUAAAGAAGCUUUGGAUUUUACGAGGGAAUGCAGUGGGACAAGUGAAGAAAACUAAAGUAUGACAAAUGUAAACGCUACUUGAUGUAACACUUGUCGAGGGGCUGGGGCUGUCUCCCCUUAAAGACCAACUGUAUAGAGAUUCCAAAA